ACUGUCUCGCUCCGACUCGGAAAAGAAGCCCUCACCCUGGUGCUCGACCACUAAAAAGGCCCGCACCGCGACUUGUCGUCAGUCGACGUUUCCAGGCCAGGCCCGUCGCAAAGCCAAUCGAAAUGGAGGACCUUACCAAAGAACAGGUCAACAUGCUGCGCAAGGCGUUCGAUAUGUUCGAUCGCGACAAAAAAGGAUUCAUUCAUACCAACAUGGUGUCAGCUAUCCUGAGGACUUUGGGUCAGACUUUUGAGGAGAAGGAUCUUAAAGAUCUGAUUGCUGAGAUCGAUCAGGAUGGCUCUGGUGAACUGGAGUUCGAUGAGUUUGUUGCGCUGGCGUCUCGCUUCCUCGUUGAAGAAGACUCUGAGGCUAUGCAAGAGGAGCUUCGUGAAGCUUUCCGUCUCUACGACAAGGAGGGUAACGGUUAUAUAAAUGUGUCGGAUCUCCGUGAGAUCCUGCGUGCGCUUGAUGAUGCCCUGACCGAGGAUGAGCUCGAUGAAAUGAUCGCUGAAAUCGAUACUGACGGCUCCGGCACUGUCGACUUCGACGAGUUCAUGGAAAUGAUGACCGGUGACUAAACACGAACUUGUGUUGGGUGAUCCGGAACCUCUGCACGCCAAGAUCAAGGGACUAGCACGACUUUGGCGGUCUACGAAAUGUGCGUUUGACCAACAGAGCUUAUUGAAGUCGGCGGUGAACCCCGGUAUCACCCUUCAAACAAAAAUCUUCUGCAGCCUUUGAAUAGACGCCGAAAGCGACGAGAGAUAAGUGAUCAAGAUGAAACACGACAUCAAUUAGGGGACGAUUGUGAUAACAGCUAUGAUGAUGACGACGACGACGAUGAUGAUGAUGAUGGCAAUGGUGAUGAUUAUGAUAAUAAGAAUGACGACGAUAAUGAUGAUGAUGACAGCUCGUUAGUGAAUUCAAACGAGCCACUGUUUUUUUCCUUGAACUUGUUUCCCUCUUAAGGUUCCGCUUCUCUAUUCUAUUGGCUUCAACAACAUCGAGCCAGAAACAACAAACAUAUACAUCGAAUCGACAGAGACAAAAAAAGGGAAAGUCGAAAAGGUUUCACUUUGUUCCUAUGAAAAAAUCGCGUCUACAUCCGAGCAUGGGAAACUGUUGCAUGUAUAUUUUGUUGAAAUGAUACAAUAAAUUUCUUUUGCUGAA